GUACAUUUUUAUCGAGGACUGUAUGACGAACAUCAUUUGGGGACCUAGACGGCAAAAAGUGUACCGUGCUGAAAGGAACCAUAGCUGUGAUGGUCCUUUGGUACUGUUCAGCACUAGUUGCAGCCAAGAUAACUCAUCCCUUAUCGAUGGAAAGCAUCUACGAUACAUCCGCAGGAUACCAUACUGGUCUACUUCAGGAUAUUUCUGUUGCUAGAACUGACACUUGCUUACAAAUCGUUAAGGCGGCUUGCGAUUUGUGGUGGCGACAGGUAAGUAUUUGUCCGAAGAGAGGAAUUAAUCAACAUAUCAGCUCUGGGAGGUGCUUUCUCAAUUACAAUCUCUUCUUCUCAGAGAUGAAAGACGCGAUUUCCGGCCCGACCCGAAUUGUCUCAUUAUUGCAUGCGAGGAAUAUUCUGCUGUAGACAUCUUCUAUAAGCCGUUUCGAAAUAUUCGUGAUAUUAGAGUCACUGAUACAACUGCGUUUACAAAAUGAUUGUCGAUGUUCCUACACUUGCUGAAAGCCGAGAGAAUGAAUGAUACAAAGCUAAUAAGA